AUGGCACAUGAGCGCCGAAUCGCUUGCGACUCCAUGGCCCCUCGCAUCGUCGAGUCAAUGUCAUCGCCACAGAACGAGUAUGUGUUGAUGCGGGCAGAAGACGGGACCGUGGCUGCAGUCGCGCAAUGGACUGUGUCCUUGCAAGGUGCCAAGAAUGAGAAAGAGGGAGAAACCCCCGAUGAGAAGGCCGAGAGGCUAAAACUUUGGGAUCAAGGAUACCGGAGCAGGCUGCCGGAGAACAGUAACAAAGAUCUUAUUAUAGAUUUCACCAUCGGCUUGCGAGAACUGAGAGAAAGUGUUCUGCGAGGGAGAGAGCACUUCCUACUUGAGAACAUAGCUACGCAUCCAAACCACCGCGGCAACGGCCUCGCAUCUCAGCUCAUUCGGUGGGUAUUCCCGCAGGCAGAUAAGCAAGGCGCUCUUGUCUAUUUGGAUACUGCAAGUGACAAUGCAGCUUUGCGGCUUUAUAAGAAACUUGGGUUCCAGGAGGAAGGAAGUGAUACCAUCAAGGAUUUGACCAAGUACGGCGGCGAAGGCGAGCAUACGCACGUUGCACUUUUGAGACUGCCUUAUUCUUAA